UUACUGUGCGUUAGUGUGUAGGGACGUCGUGUCGCGUCGCAGCCGUGGAGUCUGCGGCCCUAGUGACCGAGUGAGCGUGUCGUUCGUUCAGUAGCGUCUCGCCCGCGGCAGUCGACCACCGCGCGAGGCUCAUGAAUGCGAGUGCAGUGUCGGUAACAUGCGGUGGCGGGCGCGCGCGGCGCCUUCCCGCGCCAAAGAACGCGCGAACAUCAGCUUCUUCAUCGUUAUUAUGUUCUUCGCGGUGUUUGGUGUAAUAGUGUUGACUGAAUUGUUGCUUCUCGAGCGACCUACGCCAGGCUCUACGAGAUCGCGGUACAAUGAGGACCUUCAGGGUUGGGAAGGAAGAACAGAAACCGGUGGCGAGGGUGCGGAACCACCGCCGCCAGCGCAUGCGCCAUUGGACGCCGUCUGGCAGCCAGUGGCUGGCACUCGAUUCAGAUUCUACGUGUAUUCAGCGUACAUGGAGCGUCGGACGGUAGCCUCGGUGCGCGUCAUCGCGGCGACAAGAACGCGCGGCGCUGAUCCUGUCAUAUGCCGCUUGUGGCUUCCUGACAACCGCACACUCACUCUUAAGGCCAGGGUCAAGGCUAUUCGUGAAAAUUGGAAUUUGAAAUACAGUGCUACGUACGUCCUGUGUUUAUUACGAGACACCGGUAUCAAGCCGCAGGAUACGGUCGGUGCGUCCCUGUCGAUACUGGCCAGCACAGCACCGAAUAGACCGCCUACAAACUUGCUCGUUGUACGGGAUACAGAGCCUAAAACCGGUAUUGAGGAAACACUGCACGUUUGUGUUAAGCCAUUCCAUUUCUCGUACUCAAGGGACGAAUGGCUAGUGGAAUGGUUCGAGUUGAAUCGUCUCCUGGGCGUCAGUCAUUUCUACAUGUACAAUGAAUCUCUGAGUGUACGGGUAGCCUGUCUCCUUGAUCAUUAUCGUCAGCAAGGCCUCGUUACUUUGCUACCUUGGAAGUUACCAAUCGUAUCGAAAGUUGAAAUCAGGACAGAAGGGCAGUUCGCAGCGUUCAAUGAUUGCUUAUACCGGUCCAUGUCGUCAGCUGGUUGGCUUCUCGUGAUCGAUGUAGAUGAGGUGAUCUUGCCUCGGCGCGAGAGAACUUUAACAGCAUUACUGACGGCUCUAAGAGCUGCAUACAAUCCACCCUCAAAAGCACCGUCAGCAUUUUUAUUUAGAAACGCCUUCUUUUAUCUCCGAUGGGAGGAUGACGCCGAAGCUCCAGCACCGUUAGUAACAGCUCGUAAAACGCGUCGCUGGGCUGCACCGCACGCGUUGAAAAAUCGCAGCAAGUACGCUCUGCGACCGCACGACGCCGUCGAGCUCGGGAACCACUUCGUGUGGGAGCUAGCGCCCGGGGCCAGCUCCGUGGGCGUUCCCACAGAUAGAGCUCUGUUACAUCAUUACAGGAUUGCUUGCGAAUAUGGCGGCAUGCAAUGUCUGACAGUACCAUCGACUGUUGAUAGAACAGCCCAUCGGUGGGCCGACGAAUUGAUACAACGUGUUACGUCAGAAAAGGAGCAGCUAGCCAGGGCUUGUCCCGCCUAAAUGA